AUGUGUACAGACACCGAGAAGAUCAGCGCAGGGCCGCCGGCGGAGCAAAAGGAGACACUGGAGCUGCUCCGCAUCCUGGCCGCCCAAGUUGACGGCGCUGUCGGCGCGAAGGCGGUAGAGGCCGCCGCCAGCCAUGGUAUUUCUAUCGGGUAUGUCGACGUAACGGACAAGGCCAGGCUGCGGAGCGGCAAUUUCGUCAGCACUGCCUGGAAAGAGGAGAUGAAUCUCCCCCAGACUGACAGCACCGUGGCUAUCAGCUCCCUGCGCGCCGGAGGCGAGUCGCGUGUCACGGCUGGCAACACGUACGCCGAGAAAGACAGCUUCUGGGACUGA